UAUCAAAACCAAUCCGAAACGACUCCUUUCACUUCAAGACUCCACUAUCCGUCGGUAAUGGGGAUUCGUUUGCCAUCUAUCAUCCUCCAUGUCAAGCAAGUCCUCAAGUCGCAGCCCCUCAGCACUCCGAAUACUCGACCGGAUGUCCCGAAAGGCCACGUGGCGGUUUACGUUGGGGAGGUCCAAAGGAAACGGUUCCUGGUCCCAAUCUCGUUCUUGAACCACCCUUCAUUCCGAGAGUUGCUGCGCCGAGCUGAGGAAGAGUAUGGCUUCGAGCAUCCGAUGGGUGGCCUCACGAUUCCAUGCAGAGAAGAGGCCUUCAUUGAUCUCACUGCUCAGCUGCAUGGAUUGUGAAAGUUUUAGUAUGUACAUCUUGUCAUGGAGAGACUAGAUUCCCAGUUUUGACAUCUUUUCUUAGCGUCGUUCCCCUUUG